AUGGUUAUGUGUUUUUUCAUGGUUUUUGCUUUAGGGUUUUUCUUACUCUGUUUCUUACACUCUUUUUUGGCCAAGAAAUCGGUUUUGGCUUCCAAUGUUGGGCCUCCUUCGUACCCCUUUCUUGGUUGUCUCAUCUCUUUUUACAAGAACCGCCGUCGUCUUUUGGAUUGGUACACUGACCUUUUGUCCGAGUCACCUUGCCAGACCAUCGUCGUGAGUCGGCUCGGUGGACGUCGUACAGUCGUCACAGCCAACUCGGCUAAUGUCGAGCACAUGCUCAAGACCAACUUCAACAAUUUCCCUAAGGGCAAGCCUUUCACCGAAAUCCUCGGUGAUCUUCUGGGUUGUGGGAUAUUUAAUGUGGAUGGUGAGUUGUGGAGCACUCAAAGGAAGCUAGCCAGCCAUGAGUUUAGCACGAAGUCUUUGAGAGAAUUCGUGGUGAAAACCCUUCAAGAAGAAGUCGAAAGUCGGCUGUUACCGUUGCUUGAAGAAGCAAUGGAGACUGACAAAAUUCUUGAUUUGCAAGACGUAUUGAGAAGAUUUGCAUUUGAUACUAUUUGUAAAGUAUCAUUGGGUCAUGACCCUUGUUGCUUGGAUCUUUCAAAACCAGUGCCGCCUCUCGUUAAGGCGUUUGAUAGCGCAUCAGAGAUAAGCGCCAUGCGAGGAAUGGCACCCAUGUUCGUGGUAUGGAAAAUAAAGAGAGCCCUUAACAUUGGGUCAGAAAAGAAACUCAAAGAGGCAAUUCAACUCGUCCAUGGCUGUGUUCUGGAGAUCAUCCAAAAUAAAAAACGAGCUAUUGAAGCAGAAACCGAAGAUCUUUUGUCGAGAUUGUUAUCAGCUGGGCACGACGACGAAGUGGUAAGAGAUAUGGUGAUUAGCUUCAUCAUGGCUGGAAGAGAUACGAUGUCCUCAGCAUUGACCUGGCUCUUUUGGUUGCUUUCUAAGCAUCAAAACGCAGAGCAAAUGAUGGUGAAAGAGAUCGAAUCCAUGCUUGGCAAUGGCGAAAAAGGGUUGGAUUUCGAAGUGUUAAAGGAAAUGAAUUGUGUUAAAGCUUGUUUAUGUGAGUCAAUGAGGCUUUACCCUCCAGUGGCAUGGGACUCCAAGCACGCCUUAAACGACGACGUUUUACCCGACGGGACUUUGGUCAUGAAGGGAGAUAGGGUUACCUAUUUCCCAUACGGAAUGGGGAGGAUGGAGGAGUUGUGGGGGAAAGACCGGUUCGAGUUUAAACCAGACCGAUGGUUCCGGGAACCUGGUGCAGAAAAUGGGUUGCUAAAGUCAGUGAGCCCUUUCAAGUUUCCAGUGUUUCAGGCCGGUCCAAGAGUUUGCCUUGGGAAAGAAAUGGCGUUUAUUCAGAUGAAGUAUGUGGUGGCUUCAAUACUGAGACGGUUCGAGAUCAGACCUAUCUGUCAGGACCAACCGAUUUUUAUUCCUCUCUUAACCGCUUAUAUGGCCGGUGGGCUCAAGGUGUUGGUAAGGAGAAGGAUUUGAAAGAGUGGCUCAAACUUAAUGAAUAUAGUAUUUCACUAAAUUUAUCUUUAAUUUAUUUGAUCGACCCACCUAUGC